AAUGUCUUAAUCGAAAUUACGGAUUGCCUCUAAUCCGCUCUCCAUCCCCUUAUGCUGUGGUUUGUACACCUCGAUUGUCAGUAGAAACCACAUUUGUUCAAGCAAGUCAGCCAUGUCAGCUGUUUUUUUGUUUUUUUAAAGGCAGUAAAUGAGGUUGAAUUAGUUGUUUCCCGAUAGCCAAGAAAGCGCUGCUGUUGGGACAGCUUUAUGUAUGCCGUAACAGUUUGUGUGCACCGUUUUUCACGUUAUCGUGCAAUUCAUGUUGUGCUAUGGCUUUGCUGGCAUGGAUAAAAAAAAAUGGUUUGCCCCACCAAGAUUUACAUGCUAAAAUCGCCACUGAAUCAGCUCUGUCUGAGGAAAAAAAUAAGAGACGGCCUAACCACCAUCAGACCAAAUCAUGCAGGAGAGGACACGGCCAGCCAGCUUCAUAUCCAAUCAGAAUCAACCAUGCAGUCACUGGACUGGAAUCAGCGAGUCCGCAUGUCUGCUGUCCCCGUCUGUCUGUGUCGAGUUGGAUCCGCCGGUCUGGAAACACAGUGAGAAGAACCUCAGGUGCUUUACUCUGCUGACGAUAUUGACAGCAGCACCGUGCACCGAUAUAUUGUUUACAAUUUUUUUUUUUAAAGAGAAAGAAUAUCGACAAAACUCCGAUUUACGUUUUGUGAAUUAGCGGUGCAUUUUUUGAGCCAACAAUGGGGAAAGUGGAAGGAGGAAUGAAAUGUGUCAAAUAUCUACUUUUCAUCUUCAACUUCAUAUUCUGGUUGAUGGGCUCGUUGGUCCUUGCAGUCGGGCUGUGGUUGCGGUUCGAUCCUGAGACCGUCGCUCUGCUGAACGGAGACGGCGCGCCAGACACCUUCUUUUAUGGUGUAUAUAUCCUGAUCAUAGCAGGCAGUCUAGUGAUGUUGGUGGGAUUCUUUGGCUGCUGUGGAGCCAUACGAGAGUCCCAGUGUCUGCUGGGGUCGUUCUUUGCCUGCCUGCUGAUAAUCUUUGGCGCCGAGGUUGCUGCUGGUGUGUUUGGCUUCUUGAACAAAGACAAGAUAAUCGAAGAUGUCCAGAACUAUUACAUCAAAUCCUACAACGACAACAAAAACAACAACACAAUGAUACAAAACUCUUACCACAAAGUUCUCAACUGUUGUGGGACGUCCCAGAGCUUCUGCCCUGAGGCCCCAGCUGGCACCAAGGACUGUGAGGUGGGCAUCAAGGAGUUCUUCAACAGUAAACUCUACAUCAUCGGUUACGUGGGGAUCGGCAUCGCUGGAGUCAUGGUUAUAGGGAUGAUCUUCAGUAUGGUGUUGUGCUGUGCCAUCCGCAACAGCAGGGAGAUCAUGUAACCAGGCAGAGCUUCCACUCCUCCAGUCCCCCACAACAGCCCUCCUCCAGUCCCCCACAACAGCCCUCCUCCAGUCCCCCACAACAGCCCAACUCCAGUCCCCCCACAACAGCCCAACUCCAGUCCCCCCACAAC